GUCACAGGUGGCCUCGUUGAAAGGAGGACCUUAAGAGCUAACAUUGGUAACGUUAAGUUUCCAUCUUGAAAUUAAUCAAUUAGUGGUUGAGUUAUACCUUUCUUCAUAAUCUUUACAUUUUAGUUAGGCUAACGAUUUAAGUAACGUUAUUUGCAGUCCACCCACAUUCAGUUAAACUCCCAAAUACCCAGUCUGUAGUGUAAUUUGUCAUUUCAACCUGUGGGGCAAACUCGCAGGCUGUCAGAAGACGGUGGGUGGUCGUUUAAGUAGUUGAACUAUGUUUUUGGCACGAGAAAGUCUGGAUCCUCUGGAUUAAACAGAAGCCACUUUAGCUGCUCAGGGAUGUGUCCGACUUUAGAGCACCGCCCUCAAACACUGGACACAGCUGCACAGAGAAACUGCUGCCCGUCAGGCUGACUGAGGACCCACACGCUUUACACGACAGUCCACAGGACCUGUGUUUGACCGAAGACCUUGAAAGGAAAUAGUUUGGAUUAGAUUGAGAUAUGAGACUGGGCAUGACGGUGCGGGCCAAGCUGAGGGUGUAGCCACAUCUGGCAAAGAGUGCUGAAGUAAGCAGGAGCCUCAGCACACCAAACCAUCUGCUGUAGCGGGGGAAGAUGGGCGAGACAGAGGAGGAGAGGGAUAAUGUGGGGAAGCUGUUUGAGAACUUUGUCCAGGCCUCGACCUGUAAGGAAACCCUUCAGGCCUUCAACGUCCUCUGCAGACAACUGGACCUCGACCCGGCAGACCACAGCACCUUUUACAGCAGCCUGAAGGCAAAGGUCACCACCUGGAAGGCCAAAGCACUAUGGACAAAGCUAGACAAGAGAAUGUCCCAUAAGGAGUACAAGAAAGGCCAGGCAUGCGUGGGCACCAAGUGCCUCAUCCUCGGAGGGGGCCCCUGUGGACUGCGGACAGCCAUUGAGCUCGCUUUGAUGGGUGCCAAAGCGGUGGUGAUCGAGAAGAGGGACUCCUUCUCUAGGAACAACGUGCUGCACCUUUGGCCCUACACCAUUCAUGACCUGCGGGGCCUCGGGGCCAAAAAGUUUUACGGCAAAUUCUGCGCCGGGGCCAUAGACCACAUAAGCAUUCAGCAGCUGCAGCUGAUCCUACUGAAGAUCGCCCUGAUUGUUGCAGUGGAGUUCCACAUCAAUGUGGAGUUUGUCAAGCUGUUGGAACCUCCAGAGGAUCAGGAAAAUGAAGGGCUUGGGUGGAGGGCUGCAAUCCGACCUGCUGAUCACCCUGUGGCUAACUUCGAGUUUGAUGUCAUAGUGGGGGCUGAUGGACGCAGGAAUACUCUGGAAGGUUUCAAAAGGAAGGAAUUCAGGGGAAAGCUGGCGAUCGCCAUCACGGCCAACUUCAUCAACAGAAACACAACUGCAGAGGCCAAAGUAGAAGAGAUCAGCGGCGUGGCCUUCAUCUUCAACCAGAAGUUCUUUCUCGACCUCAAAGAGGAGACAGGCAUUGAUCUGGAGAACAUUGUGUACUACAGGGACAACACGCAUUACUUUGUCAUGACUGCCAAGAAACAGAGCCUGCUGGACAAGGGAGUCGUCAUUAAUGAUUACAUAGAAACCCAGUUGCUGCUGAGCAGUGAAAAUGUCAACCAGGAAGCUCUUCUGUGCUACGCCCGUGAGGCUGCUGACUUUGGCACCAACUACCAACUUCCCACGCUAGAUUUUGCCAUGAACCACUGCGGGCAACCAGAUGUAGCAAUGUUUGACUUCACAAGCAUGCACGCCUCCGAGAAUGCUGCUCUGGUCAGGGAGCGAUUUGGACACCAGCUACUGGUAGCACUGGUUGGUGACAGUCUGCUAGAGCCCUUCUGGCCCAUGGGGACAGGUUGUGCUAGAGGCUUCUUGGCUGCUUUUGACACGGCCUGGAUGGUGAAGAGCUGGGCUCAGGGUCGGACGGUUCUGGAAGUGCUUGCAGAGAGAGAGAGUAUUUACAGGCUACUUCCACAGACUACACCUGAAAACAUUGCCAAAAACUUUGAACAAUACACCAUAGACCCUGGGACUCGAUACCCCAACCUCAACAGCUCCUGUGUGAGGCCACACCAGGUGCGUCACUUGUACAUCACUGGCGAGCUGAAUUCCUGCUCUCUGGAGCGUGCUGCUACCAUACGUCGGCCUGUCAAUCUCUGGAGACGAGAGUCAGAGAUCAGACCGGCAAGGCUUCUUACCUGGUGCCAGAAACAGACAGACGGCUACAGGAAUGUGAUGAUCACAGACUUGACGUCUUCUUGGAAAAGUGGCAUCGCCCUCUGUGCCCUCAUCCACAGGUUCAAACCCCAGCUGAUAGAUUUUGACUCAUUAAAUGAAGAAGACCAUGCUGCAAACCUCCAGCUGGCUUUUGAUGUCAGCGAGCGAGAAUUUGGGAUCCGAUCGUUCACAUCUGUGAAGGAGCUGAGUGCCGAUCAGGAGCUGGAUAAGACCAGGAUGAUCACCUACCUGUCCAAGUUCUAUGAGCUCUUCCGUGGCACACCUCUACCUGCCUCAGGUUCCAAAGGAGUGGAUGAAAACAAUGAAGAUUAUCCAUCCAAGGAAGUCAGAAGCAAUAAUAAUGUGCUCAAUCAUGCACUGCCCAGGAAACGGAUACCAAAGGAUGAAAAGAAGUCAGACGGUACAGAUCCCAUUUACAAAAGGAGGCGGAAAUUCUGCAGUUAUUUGGAGGAGGCCACCAACCUGUCUAGUAAUGGCCCAUCAGUGCCAGAGGGCAAAGAGCCAAAGGAAAACAAAGUGCGCUCAAUGGCUACUCAGUUGCUGGCAAAGUUUGAAAGCACACCCAGCUACACCGUACGGAAAACACAGAAAAAAGCUCAGACACAACAGGCUAGAGAGUUUCACACAAAGAGUAUAAAGGAAAAAGCUGUUCACCUUAGUGGGUUGUUCUUGGGAGAUAGAUCUGCUGUACUCAAGGGUGGCUCGGUACGAAGGGCGUUCCCCCCGUCGGGUGACAAGUGCCACUCGUGCGAGAGGCGAGUUUAUAUGGUGGAAAGGGUCUGUGCCGAGGGGCUCUACUUCCACAGGGAGUGUUUUCGCUGUUCUACCUGCAGCUCUGCCCUGCGACAGGGAGCACACGCCUUCGACUCUGAACAGGGGAAAUUGUACUGCAAACUUCAUUUUGCUCAACGCAACAAUGGGACAAACCUACGGAGGAAUUUUUCUCAGCGCUCGAAUCGUUAUGGCACUAGAGUUCAGGAGCGAUGCGCUGAUGAUGACGGACAGAGCUCCGAGUCCAGCAGCACGGCAGACCUGCAGAGUCAAUCCUCAGCAGCUGAAGCCUUUUAUGAAGUGAGUGAGCCAGCUGGAUGUUUAGGAGAAAUGACAUUUUGAAGAAGCUGCCGCACAAGUGAGGCAUCACUUCACCCGCUGAGGCCUGAGAAUGAAAGACUAGUGCUAAUCAUGACGUCAUUGUAUAUAACUGUUUAUAAUUAAUAGUGACGUUUUUGUAAGUGUGUUAGAAAUGUUUUCUUGUGUUUUUGAGUGAUUCCUGGAUUGCCUUUUGUGCUGCCAUAAUGCUUUUUUAAUCACAAAAGGCAGAUGUUGUUACUGACUUCUGACAUUGUUUUAUCAGAUACAAAAGACUUGCGGGCUGAGUUUUACUGCCUCACCAUGACAGUAAUUGGAAACGAUCAGAAAGUGCUCGUAGUGGUUGUUUUUGGAACCCUUGGUUUUAAAUAGAACAGUGCAGUACUAUCUAAAACUCAGCGCUGAAAACUAUUUAAAAUUGUUUGUCUGUAUAUCAAACUUUCUGUCUGGUUAAUAACAUUAUUUUUGCAGCUUAAUCUUUAAAAGAAAAGAUCCUGUAGAAAUAUCAAGUCUUUCUUACUGAGCUUGACCAACACAACUCUCUCUCUAAAUUCUAAAAAAAACAAAAAAAAAACAAACAAAAAAAAUAACCAACAACAACAACAACAAAAAAAAAUCUAAGCAACUUUACUGUACAUGAAAAGGUGCCUGACAUGGCUGUUAAAGCAAAUGUUCAAAAUGUGUUAUUAUCCACAAAGGUGUGAAAGUAGCUGUGAAGAAAUGUUAGCUCAUGAAUAGUAUGUAUUAUCUGUUAUAUAACUGGAAUAAAAAUCUAGUUAAAACAAAGUACAUAAUAAAAUAUACUUUGCCCAUGUCGUCUUUAGUCUAAAAUCUUGAAAAGAAAACACUUUGUGCUGCCACUUUGUGGUGUGAAAACAUCACUGUUAGACAAAUGUAAAAUAGUCCUUGGCUGGACAAAGCCAGUUCAUGUUCUGAAUGAAAGUCAUUAUCUCCUUGAUUGGGUAGUUAAACUUAAACUAAGCAGAAAGACCAAACCCUUUUUGAAUUGAAGAAGCGAAGAUUUAGCUGGAUGGUACAUGUGGAGUAGUCUGAAUGUUACUUCUCUCACCUUAUUCAUUAAUAUAUACUUUAAAAGGGGAAAACAAAUUCUCCAGUAGUUUGUAGUAUAAAUCAAAUGCAGGUAUUAAAUGAAAUAAAUGUGUAUUUUACUAAUCCAACACAGUGGAUGAGUGUGUGCCAGUACUUAAGAACUGAAAAGUCGUUCAGAGAAGGUUUAACCAAAUGUUUUAGUUUAUUUCAGAGAAGAGGUGGGUGCUGUGAGGUUCUGGCUCUGAAGCGACAAUACAGAAAGUUUCUCUACAAGAGAGUUGUGCGAAAUAUGACUUAAGGUCAUUUGUGACACUGAAGGUUCACCGAUAGUCAGAGAGCCUUCAAUUUAAAUGCAAUGAAAUAUUUGAGAGCUGCUUUUGAAAAGUAGUCCGAUCCUCUUGGUGUCUGUCUGUCUUUAAGUGUGAGGUUUUUAGUAUUUAAAGUUUUUUUCAUGUGUGCACAAUCUUUUCUUUUUAAUUUUUAAAUGGCUUGGAGAAUGAUGAGAGCCUCUCAGCUGUAGAAUUAGUUAUAAGCAUUUAUUUAAAGUAUCCAGGAAUCUGUUAAAACUGAAUGGCUGAAUAAACACAUCCACAUUGUUAUCUAUUAAUUUAUAAAACAUUGAAUUAUCUAAUUUAUUGUACAAAUGUAUGCAGUAUUUUGUUCUUUUUCUUUGCACAAAAAUUACAGAUUUGGGGGAGAAGGGCUGCUCUUUUUUCUGUAUGCAUUAGUAUCUGGAAUUUAGAUCUUUGCAUAUCUCAGUUUGAAAAAAGUGGAAAGAAAGUUUUUUAAGGUAUUAAUGCAGUAUAUCACUUGGGUUUGCAAUUGACGAAGCAGAAGAUUCCAUAAAUUCUUCAUGUCAGGUUAUGUAGUUGAAUUUUGGUGUUCACUGUUUC